AUGCGGGACACGAACACAGCCUACAACGCCAAGGAGGACGAGGGCCAGGUGAAGAAGGCGCGAAGGGACCGGCAAAGGGGCGAGAGAGAGGCCGAGAGGGAAGGCUUCAAUGCGCAAAUCGCAGGCCUUGAGGAACGCAUUGCAACUCUCCAGUCUCAUCUGGAAGAAGAAUCGCGCAAGAAUCUAGCGCUGACGACGCAGAUCGCAGAGAAGGAGAGCGAGCUCACGCAAGCCGAGGCAGAUCACGAGAAAAGGGUGAAGAACCUCAAAAAAAGGGAGAAGAGGAAAGAGAAAGAGGCAGCCGAGGACAGAGGCGAGCUUGAGAGCGAACUCAAGAGACGAGACAAGAAGAUCGAGGACCUCAAGAAGAAACUAAGAGACCAAAGAAGAAGAAAAAGAAGUCGACCCGCAGUCCGAGGAGGAAGACAGCCUGCUGAAGCGAAUGAUGAGGCAGGUGCGCGAGCAGGAAGAGAAAAUGAAAGACGUUCUUUCUGCGAUGGAAUAUUUUCGUCUGCAAGAAAUGGAGCCGCCUCGAGACCCCGAGGCGCCGGGCGCUGGCGAGCCCUCGGCCGUGGGCGGGAGGAGGAGGGUUCGGGGAGCAGCUGGCAGCGGCGACACUCCGCCAGCAGCUGCCAGGGACGGGGCGAAAGCAGCGGCAGGCGGGGGAGACAAGCCUCGGCAAGCAACUGGCAGAAAGGGCAAGGCCAGGAAGGCACCGGAGGACGACGAGCCUUUGUCAGCAGCGGGCAGGGAUGAGCGUCCGGAGGCAGCAGGCACGAGGGGAAAGGUGCGGCAAAG